GAGGGGAGGUAGGCAAGAUGGCGCCCGGCGAGUGAUUCACCCUAGAUACGUCCAGCGGCCGCUGAGACACCGGGGCGGGGGGUCCUGCCCCCACGGUCGCCCUUCCUCCUCUCCCCCACCCCCGGAGACCCCCCCCUACCCUUCCUCCCUCUACCUCGGGGUGGGGGUGGGGAGGGCGAGCCUGGUUCCCGGGACACCAUGUCGGACUCUGAGGAGGAGAGCCAGGACCGGCAACUGAAAAUCGUCGUGCUGGGGGACGGCACCUCCGGGAAGACCUCCUUAGCUACGUGUUUUGCUCAAGAAACUUUUGGGAAACAGUACAAACAAACUAUAGGACUGGAUUUCUUUUUGAGAAGGAUAACACUGCCAGGAAACUUGAAUGUUACUCUUCAAGUUUGGGAUAUAGGAGGACAGACAAUAGGAGGCAAGAUGUUGGAUAAAUAUAUCUAUGGAGCACAGGGAAUCCUGUUGGUAUAUGAUAUUACAAAUUAUCAAAGCUUUGAGAAUUUAGAAGAUUGGUAUUCUGUGGUGAAGAAAGUGAGUGAGGAGUCAGAGACUCAGCCGCUGGUUGCCUUGGUGGGCAAUAAAAUUGAUUUGGAGCAUAUGCGAACAGUAAAACCUGAUAAACAUUUACGGUUUUGCCAGGAAAAUGGUUUUAGUAGCCACUUUGUCUCAGCAAAGACAGGAGACUCUGUCUUCCUGUGUUUUCAGAAAGUUGCUGCUGAAAUCCUUGGAAUCAAGUUAAACAAAGCAGAAAUAGAACAGUCACAGCUCCCUCAGUCGGCCGCAGGCCGCUCCCUGGCCCAGACGGAAUUCCACUUCUGGACGGCACACUUGGAAUCCGAAAUGGCCCUUCUCUGGACUUAGACGGCUUCACUGGAAAAGAAUAAUGUUGGUCCUCUUUACGUUCUCCCUUCUCUCUCACCUGAUGUAAACUUUUUUAGACAAAUCUCAAAACUCCACGAGUCUUGGUCAGCAGCCAGGAUUUGGCCACGGCACGGUUUCAUUCUCUUCUCUGAACUCCUACCUGGCAAAGUACGCGUCAGAGUGCAAACAUUUAAACAAGUAACGUAUUUUAUCUACAGAUACUUCAGAAGGCAUUCUUUUGCUAUCUCUUGUGAGUGAAAAUAUCUAAAGUUGUAUCCACCUGAAAAUGCUUGAAAUAAAGCUCUAAUAGAUCUAUUUUUUUCAUUUUUUAAAAAAAGGCCUAAAUGGUUUCUAUAGUAGCUAUAGCUCACAGAGUAGUGAGUAUUCGAUAUUGUAUUUUUAUUACUGUAUCAUGCUCAUGGUAUAUUGUGUACUACUCAGGUUAGAUGGCUUUGUGAAUUUGGAGAACUGUCCAGCUGGUGCUGCACGCGGACGUGGUCCGGCGACCGUGCAAGAGCCCUCCCAGGACGCGUCACCACUGCUGUUGGAUCAUUGUGGGUCGGACUGUCCCUGAUGUUCAGACGUUCUUCUGCAAAUAAACUCAUUCCAGUUA